AGAGAAACGGCAAGCAGGGGGAAGAAAGGAUGAGGGAAAGACCGAGAGAAGGACAGAGUAAGUGAGUGAAGCACAUGUGACGGAGUGACAUCCACUCAGACACGCUUGUUUCCACGGCGACAACAUGGGAGCAGUGGUUGGCACGCUGACCAUGCAGACCAAACAGAGGCGACCAUCCAAAGAUAUGGUGGAUGAUGAUUUGGAGAUAACAAUGGUGUGUCAUCGUCCAGAGGGUUUGGAUAAGCUGGAAGCUCAGACCAACUUCAGCAAGAGAGAACUGCAAGAACUCUACAGGGGCUUUAAAAAUGAAUGUCCUUGUGGGGUUGUCAAUGAAGAGACAUUUAUACAGAUUUACUCAAAGUUCUUUCCUCAGGGGGAUGCCAGCACAUAUGCUCAUUACCUGUUUAACGCCUUUGACUCUGGCCACACCGGCUCCAUCAAGUUCAAGGACUUUGUUAUCGCUCUGUCCGUCUUGUUAAGAGGUUCUACACAGGAGAAGUUGCAGUGGACUUUCAACCUGUACGACAUUAACAGAGAUGGGUACAUUAACAAGAAGGAGAUGAUGGACAUUGUGAGCGCUAUCUAUGACAUGAUGGGGAAAUAUACGUACCCUGCUAUGAAGACAGACACUCCCAAACAGCACGUGGAUGCUUUCUUUCAGAAAAUGGACAAAAACAGAGAUGGAGUCGUCACUCUUGAUGAGUUCAUUCUAUCCUGUCAAGAGGAUGACAACAUCAUGAGAUCUUUGCAGCUCUUUGAGAAUGUGAUAUAAAAAGAGCACAGGAGUGAAGGAGGAGACACAGACGGAAAGCAAAGCAAAGAAGACAGAUUUUCUUCAGGAAAGUUUACAGCUACUGUGUUCAAGAAUGAGAGUGAGAAGAAGUUACACCAUCUCGUGCCCUUCAUAAAUCCAUGGAAAUCUGUAGCUUCCUGUAGCUCGACAUGUGCUACACUGCUAUGUGCAUAGCAACACUAUGUGCUUAGCAUGGUCCUUUUUUUUUUAUUUAUUUUUUUUUAUUUGAUUGUUAUCCAGCAAAAUUGAUCUAUGACCUUUUGAAACUAGCCUUGUUCUUGUUCCUGUUCAUAGCCACAUUUGCUCAACAUGUUUCAUGCUUGCAAAUUUGUAACGUUUACCAAUUUGUAUGAAAAGUUACAUAGGUUAAAGUUAGGUUUAGGUUAAUUUACGUAGCUUUUCAUACAAUUUUGGUUUUUCCUUAUAAAUGGAACCAGACUGUCCUUGUUUGUUCAAAUAUUUUGAGAUCAGGCUCAUGCGCUUUACAGCUGAUCAGUUAACACUUACAACCCCAAUUCCAGAAAAGUUGGGAUGCUGUGUAAAAUGUAAAUAAAAACAGUGAUUUGCAAAUCUCACAAGCCCAUAUGUUAUUCACAAUAGAACAUAGAAAACAUAUCAAAUGUUUAAACUGAGAAAAUGUACCAUUUUAAGGAAAAAAUAAGGUAAUUUAAAUUUGAAGGCAGAAACAGGUCUCUAAAAAGUUGGGACAGGGGCAACAAAAGGCUGGAAAAGUAAGUGUUACUAAAAAGAAACAGCUGGAGGAACAUUUUGUAACUAAUUAGGGUAAUUGGCAACAGGUCAGUAACAUGAUUGGGAAUAAAAAGAGUAUCUUAUAGAGGCAGAGUCUCUCAGAAGUAAAGAUGGGCUAGAAUCUGGAUGGAAGCAUAUGUUGUGCAACGACUUUAAAUUUUACACAGCGUCCCAAGUUUUUUGGAAUUCGGGUUGUAAAAUGGAGUGCUUUGUUCGUUUUAUUUAUAUACAGGAUCUGUAAUUGUUCUCCGAUGUUUGUGAAUAUUACACUGUUGUAAAGCAUAGUGUAAUGGCCGACCUAUUUACUAAUGUUGCUAGAAAACAAGGAGAUGAAUUAAUUCGUGAAGCUCAGCCAAAAGAUGACUAAGGCAUCAGUACUUGUAAAAUGGUUAUAGGAACAUGUGAAAUUAUUAUUAUUAUCAAUUGUUACUCUCGAUACUCAUCCACAUUGAACCAGCCUACACAACCAAAUGUACAGGCUAGAUUAAAGUUAUUGUGAAGGAUUAUGAAAGAGUUAGUAUGAAGGAUUGUUAUUAAUCUUAAUAUUUUAAUACUUUACAGCAUAGUGAUUGCUUAAUCUAACAGGUUUCUAUAUCAGAGAGAGUUUCCAUUCAGAAAAUGAUAAAGUAAUUAUCCAAAGACCCUUAAAGAAAUCAAAGAGACAAAUAUAAUUAUUAUAGCCUUAAAGCUUAAUACCAAGCUUUACCAUCAGUUUUUUUUAAAAUCAAAUUUGAAAAAGAAUAGAGUAAAUUAUAGGCCUGGUAUAACUGCUUAUAACUUAUAUAGUCUAUCAUCAUUGUUUGUGACUGCUAUUCAGCGUUUUCCUCUGUACCGAGCAGGUGUUAUCAGCUUGGCACGUGUUAUGUCAGCAGUCAGAGUGUUCUUGGAUGUUCCUCCCUAUUCUAUACCAUCGCAAAGUCAACUCUUGUGAGUCUUGUGAAAAAGCAGAUUGCUGCGAUGUUUUUGCGAUGUACUACUCCUUGCUUGAAAAUGCUGAACCUGGUCAGUGUGUGUGAUCUUUAUCUGUGUGUAUUUGUGCUGCAGUGUGGCUGUGUUAUUUAUGCGUUGGUGCUUGAUAAUUUGUCCAGACCCGUUUUUCUCCAGAUUGGUCUGUCUAUCUGUCUGUCUAUUUAUCUAUCUGUCAUUGUGUUUGAUGUUAUCAGCAUGAGGGGAGGACAUGUAAUGAGGUGUUAUGGGGUAUUUGACAGACAGGUUUUGUAUCACUGUGUGCUUUUUACACUGUUUGCCAUCACUACACUCUAUUGGUUGUGCUCAUUGUAUAUGUUGUUUUAUUGCGAGAAAGCUGUGAAUUACCAAAGGUUGGUACUGUUCAAUAAGCAUAUAGCCAUAUAACCAUUUUUCCACACACUGUGAUAUGGAAGAGCAAAGAGAGAGAGAGAGAGAGAGUGAGAGAGAGAGAGAAUCUUCAACAGCUAAUAGAUGGUUACUUGUUGGGAUGAGUAAGCCAUUUUUUCUGUUCAAACCUGCUGAAUUUCAUAAACACAUCAUUCAAUAGGUAUAUG